CAUCCGUACCUCCCCGUACGGCAACUCCUCCAGCGUUUUCGUAUCUCUCUCUCUCUCUCUCCUCCCCUCAUUCUUGUCAGAAACUUACUUGUACCAUCUACAUAAACUCAGGCAACUGUUGAGGGAAGUUUGAGCAAUUUUUCUGUUGCGUCUUUCUAGUUGAGCGUUUACUGCUCAAACUGUUAUGGCAUUCAGGCAAUCUAAAGGAGCCCAGAAAAUGAAGCUGCCACGUUUGAUGGACAGAACAAAAAAUUUUUUGUCCCUGGGAAAUCCUGAUUGGAAUGUUGCAUCCCUGCAGAACAGCAACAUGUGGCAUCUUUCAACUUAACUGGUUUCGCUCUUAUUGACGUUCUUUUCUCAUUUUUCUAAUGUGAUUUCAGCUUUUCUCAGACAGGCUCUCCACCCCUCAAUGGCGACUACAAUCCACUCGAACCCUGCCGUUCCACCCCACCUCUCCGAUCCCAGGAAAGCUGCUGCGAAUAAGUCUCGGAUGUCCUAUCAACCCAUGCCCACGACCGCCCAAUCUAUACCCACCCAAAGAGGCGCCGAACAAUUCUACGGCCACGAAUCUAUUGCUCGUCUCAGCGCCCGUUUCAUAACACACCUCUUUGCUUGCCCAGAAUACCCACCCUCAUCGACAUCCUUACAGGCACGAUUGCCACAAUUUAUUGCGUACGCCCUUCAUCGUACAAAGUUACAUUCGUCUGUCACCUUCGCCGCCCUCGUCCUCCUCCAACGCCUUAAAGCCCGUUUCCCCACCGCCCGGGGUUCUUCCGGUCACCGACUUUUCAUUUCCGCUUUUAUGAUCGCCUCGAAGGUGAUAUGCGACGACACAUACUCCAACAAAUCGUGGACCAUAGUUGCUCAAGGAAUGUUUACGCUUCGAGAGAUUAACCAGAUGGAACGUGAGAUGUGUAAUUAUCUCGACUGGGAACUUACUGUGGACAACCCAAUCCUCUCCCACUUUGAAGUGGCGGUAAAGCAAGAUUUUUCCAACCCUCAGGGUCCAUUUCCUACCUAUUCCUUACAGAUGGUCUCGAAAAGAGCCAUUAAAGCUGCCUCCUCAACGACAGCUACUCCGAUUCCCGAGCCAAAUUCAACCACGUCUCCUAUACCCUCAUUUGGACAACGUCAUUCAUCUCCCGCAGCUUCUACUGAAAGUUCUCCUGUCCCUCGCCACAAGGAAAGAUUCUCGCAUUCAAGUUCGAGUUCCCCGAUGCCAGACACCCCCUCUCCAAGUUUUUCAAACACUUCUCCUGCGUCUUCAGCAUCACCAAAAACGCCUAUUGGACAGGAAGACUUUUCUGCGAAGAUUCAUGGGGUGGAUAUCCACUACGAUGGCUUUUCAAUAUGCGAGGACGUUCCGCCGCACCACCCACUCAAAGGCAAGAUGUUUGCUCAUGCUGCGCCGUGUGGUUGGUAACAUUGGGUUUGCGCCUUGUCAUGCAAGUUCAAUGUCACCGCUACCUAUGGCCUUGAGAGAUUUUUAUCUCGCUUUCGCUCAUCCACCGUUCGUUCCGUUGGUCAGCCGCAUUGUAAACAUACUCACAUGGACAAUCUUCUUUCCUCUCUUUUAUUUCUCCUCGCUCCUAAUCUAUAUACCCCCCAGCAUUCAACUUUUACCCUGCUACUACCUAGCAUCUGGCAUACGCACCACCAUCCUUCAUCUUAUUUUAUGGUCAAAGGUGAAACCUGUAUUUUUGGUUGGACUCCUGCAUUGCUUUCCUUUCAAAUUGCACCUACUUACUUACCGUCUUGUAUUUUUUUUGAAACAUGUAUACACCGUAGAAAAAAUAGAAAAGAUUUCAAAAG